AUGGCCGACAUGCGACUUACAGUAAAGUGGGUAGAAGGGAAAAGACACUUAGUGGCUGAUGCGUUGUCACGUGCCCCUUACUUCUCUCCCAAAGAAUCGCUGUCUGAACGUAUAUCCAUAAGGUGCAUAAAGAGCAGCGAUCCAAGCUUAAAGUUCCUCCUCGAAGCAAGCAAGGAUCCAUCAUAUGCCUCAGUCGUCAAAGCGUUGGAAGAAGGAAAGACCCUGUCCAACUUGCCACCAACACACCCCGCAAAAGAGUAUCGAUCGAUAUGGAACGAUCUCUCGAUAUACGAUGACGAAGAAUCGACUGGAAAGCUCAUCAUAUAUGACAGUCGUCGGAUCGUCGUGCCAGCUCCCGGUCGUAGCC